AUGGCUGCGACGCCAACGCCAACCACCCCGUCGCGCUCGCGUCAGCUGAGACUCAAUCGUCGACGUUCCUGCUUGGCCAUUGACCUUGAAGCCAUGCACUCAGAGCUCACAGAUGAACAACUGCGCCUGGAAGAGGAUGCCAUCUUCAAUGCUGAAGAAACUUUUGCCUCAGAGUUUGACGACACACUUUCGGCCGAGGAACGCGCCAAGCAACAAAUUACCGACCGCAUUGAGAAACUGAUCCCCCCAGAGGACAUUGCGCAACAACUUACUUUGCUGGACAUUCAAAGCUUUCGCGCCAUCAGUAAAAAGGAACUAGUCAACUGUGCCUGGACACGAGUGGACAAGAUGGAACGUGCUCCCAAUGUCAUGGCCAUGACCCACCGCUUUAACAAUGUGGGUGACACACACGACGGCCAAGCCCAAGCCUCGACACCUUUCUCCGCUGACUCACCUCUUCCUAACCGUACCCCCUUGCCACUCUUCGCACAACAGAUUAGCUACUGGAUCGCCCGGACCAUCCUUUUUGGACCGGAUGAAACUCGUGUCGAUCGUUUGGCACAUUGUAUCAAACUCGCGCGGAAAUUACACGAGUACAACAACCUGCACAGUCUCUUGGCUGUCAUGUCUGGUCUACACAUGACCCCGGUCUACCGCUUGCAGCACACGUGGCAGCUGUUGCGCGACAAAUACGCCGAGCGGUUUGAGCGCCUUGAAGAGUUUUUGUCCGAAGACGACAAUUUUGCCACCGUGCGCGAGCAUCUGACCACCACGAAGCUGCCCUGCAUCCCGUAUCUCGGCAUGUUCCUGACCGAUCUGAUGCACAACAAGACUGCCUCCAAGCGAGAGGAGGCUUAUGGCUGCGCAGCCGGGGUACAGGAGCAGGACCGCAUCUUCUCUCAACUUGAAGCUUUCCAGGCCUCUGAGUACGGCUUCCCUGUGAUUGGGUUUGUUCGCGAUUUACUUCUUUCCAUCAAUAUCGACGAAGCCCAGAUGCAGGACCUGGACAACAAGCAUUACCAGAAAAGUCUGGAAAUCGAGCCCCGGCGCAAGAGUGAUGAGUCACAGGAGCGAACGGUGGACCUGCCCUUUCGCUUUGUCAAUGGCCGGCUUUCCGCUGCCGUGCGGACUUUCAAGAACAGCUCGUUACCGUUCCGCUCGAGAACACCCAACAAGGGUCAUCGCAAGACACGAUCGCUAGGUGGCGCCAUCGUCUUCUGGAACACUGCACCCAAAGCACAGGAGAUUGUCACGACGUCUGCGGCCAGCAGCAUGGCCAAUGCCGAUUCCUCCGCCUUGUUGGAAGAUGAAGACGACGAGCCUCAAUCUUCUGCACAUUCCUCCCGCCCGGAUGAGAUGCGCGACGCGUCCGAUAGUGAGGAGGAUGAGGCGUUUACGGCUACGUCCCCUCUGAACGAGAAACAGCAGCCGGUCUCCUCAUUGGAUAUGGACGCGGAGCAAGAACAAUAUGGCGAGUUGAUAAAGGAGGGCCAUCUGCGUCAUCGUGAGCAACGCCGGUUGAUGGCCGCUUAUCGGUCCAUGUACGGACACAGCUGGGUCCGCUUGCGCGCAAAAGGCGUGCUUAUUUUCAAGCAGCGCGUCAACUGCAAGGGCCAGACACGCAAGGAGGCGUUUUCCGACACGCCGUGGCUACAGGUGGAUGUUGCAGAUCUUCAGCUGUCUGUGGAUCCCAACUCCAAGCACAACUCUUUUCAUCUGGCCUUUGACGAAGGCAAUCGGGUCAUCAAGUUUCAGGCUAACCAGGACGAGUAUCAGGAAUGGAUCCGAGCCUUCUCGACCACCCGAGCUACGGAGGACCUGGCCCCCUGGCAGGUGAUGUGCCAGGUCAUGAAGAAGCAGGCGGACACGGUCACGCACUUGAUCUGGACCGAUCUGGGUGAGCAAUCAGAUGCAUUGACGCCACUUUUCGCCGAUCAGAGCUUGAAUCGCACCAUGGGCAACACCGUGUCGGUGGGGUUUUACUUGCUCGACGAGACCGUGCCCGUGGCCGUGCUACAACCAAUGGAGAUCCUCCACCACAUCUGUCCAGUCCUGAAGAGCUUGGAAUCAACCGAAAGCCUCAGCAACCUGCUGCCUGCCGUUUUUUUGCACGCCCAUUACAUGUCCUUGGCCGUGAUGGCGGAUUUGCUCUCGGGCCGCGCGCUCCCACCGGGCGAACGCAUUUCGCGAGAAGUAAGCUUUGCUGUGGAUCAACCCUACGGGUGCAGUUCGGCCACCAGCACCCGGGACCAGCAAGGUCUGGCGCCGUGGGAGCAGGACCCGCAGCCUGAGGUGGGGCCCACUCUGACAUUGGCCGUUGGCCUGUACCCCGGGCACUGGCCGCACAUUGAGGCUUGCGUCUUGACGGCGUGGAACAGCACACAGCCACCCGAUGAGGUGGUGAUUGGUGCCUCCGAAAUUUCUUUUGUACAUGCGAAUAAAUUCUUGCUUCAACUAAACAAGGCUCCGUUGGUCCACAAUCGCACGGUCAUUAUCGGUCGGGCGGCCCAGCUGAUGGCCGGGCCCAACCGGAACGCUGCCGUCAGCCAAACCAUGAUGCGUAUCGUGACCGUUUUGGAUGCCGACGAUCGCGUGGCCACGCAGCGACAUGAAAUUGCGCGGUACCUGUUUACCAAGCAUGACUGCCAUUUUAUCGGGCACAGUGCACGUCUGGUGCGGAUCUACUCGACGGAUAACUCGACCAUCCUGCCCUGCUAUGCACAGCUUGAGGAUGGCGCCAACUUGCGCACUGAUCUAACAGAGAACGUGAUCAAGGCCUACAUUCCUUUUGCCUAUGCCUUUCACUGCGGCCACGCCAUCUUUGAUCGGUGGCACUUUGGAGGGGAUGUCAUGUAUACAGAGCGCAAGCGUGCUCAAGACGUGGAAUUUGACCGCACGUAUGUACUCAACCUCAAAGAGUUGGGUCUCCGUGCCUGUGUGGACGAGCGUUUCUUGACCUAUUACCUGGUCAAGCACAGUUCACGCUGGAAAGAGUCGAAGGAGGCGUACGAGGCGAACAAGAACGCCGUUCAAGAGGUUUUGGAGGAUGCGUAG